AUGGGUAUAUUUGACAAAGCAAAAACAAAAGUCCAGUCAUGGCACAAACUGGAGAUUGUACCGAAAAAUAUUCGGGACUCCACCAUGGGAAAUAUCAUCAAUUUAACAAUGACGGAACACUGCGCGUACAGAAUCGUCUCUCAGGAUGUCGAAGUUGGCGCUUUACCUGGUUAUACACUGUUUUUAUUGAUACCAUUGGUUGCAAUGAUAGAAGCAUUGCUAGCUCCAUGGGUAGCGUGGCUGGGCUAUAAAACACGAAGGAAGAUGAUUCUCACAUGGUCUCUGGGGAUAAUCGGUAUUUCUUCCGCCUGGUUGUUUUUGCCAUCACCGAUCAACUUAGAGCAAACAGAGAUUUGCAACAGUACCAAUUCGAAUACUGAAAUAAUGUAUACGGAGUUGUCAAUGAGGACGUCCAUUAGAGUGAUGCUCACUAUAGGAAUGGCCAUCUCCUUCUGCUUAGCGAGGGUUGCUACGUGGAGUCAUGUAAUAGCGUAUACUGAUGACAUUGCGCCAGAAAGAAUGAGCGUGCAUGUUGGAAUCCUCAUAAUUGCCAGAGUACUAGGUCUUUUAUUCCACAACUUUUUAUCGCAAGCUGCAGAUCAGAACAUCUUAGUGGCACUUGUAAUUAUAACCGUUUUUACGACGCUGAACACACUAAGGUUGUAUUUCGAGAUACCCAAGGUCAUACAGGACACUGGUGCUUUGAAGGCCAUACCGAUGAAUGAUAGAGGUUAUUUUAAAAGCUUAAAGAGAGUGCUAUUUAACUUCGUAGCUGUGUCACAAAUGAUAGCCAUGGGGUUAUUAGCUGCGGCCCUCUGGGGCUUUGGAUAUAAUCAAGAGGAAAUCAUAAAAAUGCGUUCCACGGUGGAAGGAAUUUUCACCAGUGUGUGUAGUGGAUACCAUGACGACGUAUGUUUCACCGUGUGA